UACAACUAGUACACACACACACACACACACACACUCCCUGACGCUGCCACUGCAGCUGCCAUGGAUAUCAGCUAACAACACACACCCAGGCGCGCGCGCGCGCUCCCACUCGCACCACGCAGGAGUGGCCCCCGGCAUCCCUACCCUCUCUCCCCACCCCCACACCACCCGCUCGCUACUGCUCCUCUGGCUCUGCCGCCGCCGCCGCCGCCACCACAGCUUCCUCUGCUGCGGGGCCACAGCCUUGAGUGUCAUUCAAGGGACAGCACAACCUCACCCAAGCUCUUCUACCUCUGCCCAGCCGUCCCUCUCAUCCUCCCCCUUCCUCGUCCACACUUCAUCCAAAGAAGAGGGAAAGCACCGAACAGAGGGGGGGAGGAAGGCAAAGUCUGCUCUUCUUACCCCUUUGCCCCCUUGCUCCUCCAUCCUCGUUCUCUCAAUACCAACACCCUCCCCAAAGGAACCCCAGGAACUGAGGAGACUCACCCCACUGCCAUGUCCAAAAGCUUGAAAAAGAAAAGCCACUGGACUAGCAAAGUCCAUGAGAGUGUCAUUGGUAGGAACCCGGAGGGGCAGCUGGGCUUUGAAUUGAAGGGGGGCGCCGAGAAUGGACAGUUCCCCUACCUGGGAGAGGUGAAGCCCGGCAAGGUGGCCUAUGAAAGCGGCAGCAAGUUGGUGUCGGAGGAGCUGCUGUUGGAGGUGAAUGAGACCCCCGUGGCGGGGCUCACCAUCAGGGACGUGCUGGCUGUGAUCAAACACUGCAAGGACCCCCUCCGGCUCAAAUGUGUCAAGCAAGGAGGAAUUGUUGAUAAGGACCUUCGUCACUACCUCAACUUACGAUUUCAGAAGGGUUCUGUUGACCACGAACUUCAGCAAAUCAUCCGUGACAACCUCUACCUCCGCACGGUGCCGUGCACCACAAGGCCACAUAAGGAGGGUGAGGUCCCUGGGGUGGACUACAUUUUCAUCACCGUUGAAGAUUUUAUGGAAUUGGAGAAAAGCGGUGCUCUCCUAGAAAGCGGGACUUAUGAAGACAAUUACUACGGUACCCCAAAGCCUCCUGCUGAACCAGCACCAUUAUUAUUAAAUGUAACAGACCAGAUACUUCCGGGAGCCACUCCAAGUGCCGAAGGAAAACGGAAGAGAAAUAAGUCAGUGAGCAACAUGGAGAAAGCAAGUAUAGAGCCUCCUGAGGAGGAGGAGGAGGAAAGGCCUGUGGUCAACGGAAACGGAGUCGCAGAAACGCCAGAAUCCAGUGAACAUGAAGACAAGAGUGCAGGUGCCUCAGGGGAGACGCCCUCCCAGCCUUAUCCUGCACCCGUGUAUGGUCAGCCUGAGGAGCCCAAGGAACAGAUGGAGGACACAAAACCAACUAAGCCUGAAGAGAAUGAGGAGUCAGAUCCAUUGCCUGAAAACUGGGAAAUGGCCUAUACAGAGAAGGGCGAAGUCUACUUCAUUGACCAUAACACAAAGACAACAUCAUGGCUGGAUCCACGACUUGCGAAAAAGGCUAAACCUCCAGAAGAGUGCAAAGAAAAUGAGCUUCCAUAUGGCUGGGAAAAGAUCGAUGAUCCCAUAUAUGGCACUUAUUAUGUUGACCACAUAAAUAGAAGAACACAGUUUGAAAAUCCUGUCCUGGAAGCAAAAAGGAAGCUACAGCAGCAUAACAUGCCCCACACAGAACUUGGAACGAAGCCCCUGCAGGCCCCAGGUUUCCGAGAAAAACCACUCUUCACCCGGGAUGCAUCCCAGUUGAAGGGAACAUUCCUCAGCACCACCCUAAAAAAGAGCAACAUGGGUUUUGGAUUUACCAUCAUUGGUGGAGAUGAGCCUGAUGAGUUUCUGCAGGUGAAAAGUGUGAUUCCGGAUGGGCCUGCAGCACAGGAUGGAAAGAUGGAAACAGGUGAUGUCAUUGUCUAUAUUAAUGAAGUUUGUGUCCUUGGACACACUCAUGCAGAUGUUGUCAAACUUUUCCAGUCUGUUCCCAUUGGUCAGAGUGUCAACCUGGUAUUGUGUCGUGGCUACCCUUUGCCCUUUGAUCCUGAAGAUCCUGCUAACAGCAUGGUGCCACCCCUUGCAAUAAUGGAGAGGCCACCUCCAGUGAUGGUCAAUGGAAGACAUAACUAUGAAACCUAUUUGGAAUACAUUUCUCGGACCUCACAGUCAGUUCCAGAUAUAACAGAUCGGCCACCUCAUUCUUUGCACUCCAUGCCAGCCGAUGGUCAGCUAGAUGGCACGUAUCCACCACCUGUCCAUGACGACAAUGUGUCUAUGGCUUCAUCUGGGGCCACCCAAGCUGAACUUAUGACCUUAACCAUUGUGAAAGGUGCCCAGGGCUUUGGCUUCACUAUUGCUGACAGUCCUACAGGACAGCGAGUGAAACAAAUACUUGACAUUCAGGGAUGCCCUGGCCUGUGUGAAGGCGACCUCAUUGUUGAGAUCAACCAGCAGAAUGUACAGAACCUGAGCCAUACAGAAGUAGUGGAUAUACUUAAGGACUGCCCUAUCGGAAGUGAGACUUCUUUGAUCAUCCAUCGAGGAGGUUUCUUUUCUCCAUGGAAAACUCCAAAGCCUAUAAUGGACCGAUGGGAGAAUCAAGGCAGUCCUCAAACAAGUUUAUCUGCUCCGGCCAUACCGCAGAACCUGCCCUUCCCACCCGCACUCCACAGGAGUUCCUUUCCUGACUCAACAGAGGCCUUUGACCCACGGAAGCCUGACCCAUAUGAGCUCUACGAAAAAUCUAGAGCCAUUUAUGAAAGUAGGCAACAAGUGCCACCCAGGACCAGUUUUCGAGUGGAUUCCUCUGGUCCAGAUUAUAAGGAACUGGAUGUCCACCUUCGGAGGAUGGAGUCUGGAUUUGGCUUCAGAAUCCUCGGGGGAGAUGAGCCUGGACAGCCUAUUUUGAUUGGAGCUGUCAUUGCCAUGGGCUCAGCCGACAGAGAUGGCCGCCUACACCCAGGAGAUGAGCUCGUCUAUGUCGAUGGGAUUCCAGUGGCUGGCAAGACCCACCGCUAUGUCAUUGACCUCAUGCACCACGCAGCCCGCAAUGGGCAGGUUAACCUCACUGUGAGAAGAAAGGUGCUAUGUGGAGGGGAGCCCUGCCCUGAGAACGGGAGGAGUCCAGGCUCCGUGUCGACCCACCACAGCUCUCCACGCAGUGACUACGCAACUUACACCAACAGCAACCACGCAGCCCCCAGCAGCAAUGCCUCUCCCCCUGAAGGCUUCGCCUCCCACAGCCUGCAGACCAGUGACGUGGUCAUUCACCGCAAAGAGAACGAGGGUUUCGGCUUUGUCAUCAUCAGCUCCCUGAACAGGCCUGAGUCUGGAGCCACUAUAACUGUGCCCCAUAAAAUCGGACGCAUCAUUGAUGGAAGUCCUGCAGAUCGCUGUGCAAAACUAAAAGUGGGAGACCGGAUCUUAGCAGUGAACGGCCAGUCCAUCAUCAACAUGCCUCACGCUGACAUCGUGAAGCUCAUCAAGGACGCAGGCCUUAGUGUCACCCUUCGCAUCAUUCCUCAGGAGGAGCUCAACAGCCCAGCCUCGGCACCCAGCUCCGAGAAGCAGAGCCCCAUGGCCCAGCAGCACAGCCCCUUGGCCCAGCAGAGUCCUCUGGCCCAACCAAGCCCAGCCACCCCCAACAGCCCUGUCGCCCAACCAGCUCCUCCUCAGCCACUUCAGCUGCAAGGACAUGAAAAUAGUUACAGGUCCGAAGUAAAGGCAAGGCAAGAUGUGAAACCAGACAUCCGACAGCCUCCAUUCACAGACUACAGGCAGCCCCCGCUGGACUACAGGCAACCCCCAGGAGGGGACUACCAGCAACCCCCACCCUUGGACUACAGGCAGCCUCCCCUGCUGGACUACAGGCAGCACUCCCCCGACACCAGGCAGUACCCUCUGUCAGACUACAGGCAGCCCCAGGAUUUUGAUUAUUUCACUGUGGACAUGGAGAAAGGAGCCAAAGGAUUUGGAUUCAGCAUUCGUGGGGGAAGGGAAUACAAAAUGGAUUUGUACGUGUUGAGAUUGGCAGAAGAUGGGCCAGCAAUAAGGAAUGGAAGGAUGAGGGUAGGAGAUCAAAUCAUUGAAAUCAAUGGGGAAAGCACAAGGGACAUGACACACGCCAGAGCAAUAGAACUCAUCAAAUCUGGAGGAAGAAGAGUGAGGCUGCUGCUAAAGAGAGGCACAGGACAGGUCCCAGAGUAUGACGAACCCAACUCCUGGAGUUCUCCCGCUGCCGCCUCCCCAGGUCUGCCGGAAGUAGGCGUCUCCCUCGAAGACAUCCUCUCUCCAUUCUCUCCAUCGCAUCCAGCCCCACCCUCCGACCCUUCCCACCAGAUAAGCCCAGACCCGACUUGGGAUAUCAAAAGGGAACACGACGUUAGGAAACCAAAGGAGCUUUCAGCCGGCGGCCAGAAGAAGCAGCGCCUCGGAGAGCAGAGAGAGCGCUCGGCGAGUCCGCAGAGGGCCGCGCGGCCGAGGCUCGAGGAGGCGCCCGGCGGCCAGGGGCGGCCCGAGGCCGGCAGGCCCGCCUCGGAGGCCAGGGCGCCCGGGCUCGCGGCGGCGGACGCGGCGAGGGCCGGCGGGAAGGAGGGUCCCCGCGCCGCGCCGGGCCCCGAGCUCGGCCGGCGCGACGGCCUCGGGGCUGCGCUCGUGGGCCGGGGCGGUGGGGAGCGGCCGGGCGCGCGGGAGGCUGAAGGCAGGGCGGGCGCGCGCGCGGGUCCCCGGCAAGGCCCGCGGCCCCCAGGGGGCGCCCCAGCGCGCAAGGCCGCCGUGGCGCCGGGGCCCUGGAAGGUGCCGGGCUCCGACAAGCUGCCCGGCGUGCUCAAGCCCGGCGCCUCGGCCGCCAGCAGAUGAGGCCAAUGCCCACCACGCGCCCUGGCACAGGCCGUUCUUCUUAGGUUCCGUUUCAUGGCGUUUUAAUUUAUUUUCACUGUCACACGCAUAGAUCCGCGAGGCACCAAGGCCUGGGAGCAUCGAUGUGAAGUCCCACACGUCCAGCGAGCAUGGGCUGCACGGCGUCCACACGCAGACCUAAACUGAUCCUAAAGCCCCCGGUUCCACGGUGGGGGCUUUGGCAGCUAUGGAAGAACCAAAAUAAAGUGAAGAACAUCACAGAGAGACGGUGCAGUGUAGCUUUAGUUUAAAAAAAAAAAUAAGAAAGAAAAAAAAUUCCCCCCACUGCAUGAAGGAUUUGGAUGUCAUCCAAACUUUAUAUCAAGAAACCGGACAAGUUAAGAGCAAUCACAAACUGGAAUAUCGCCUUAAAAAUCAAACUGCACGGAGCAAGCUGAAACUGAGACAAGAUUAUAUCUUUUAAUUGAUCUAAAGCGUUGUAAAUAAAUUGUUCUUGACAUAUCUAGUCAGGGGUUAAAGGGUUUCUUUUGAAACAUUCGGAACUGUUCGCCCAUGACAUGUUUCCAUGGCUCACCCUUGGCAUCCAUCACCAGUAUUAGCGCUGUUCCCUGCAUACAGCAGGAUGUUAGAAAUAUAGUGAAUUCAUUGGUGUGAUGCCAUUUUUACUGCCAUUUCUGUGAUCAAAUCAUAUUUCUGUACAUUUUCAGUGGUAGGAAAAAAAAAGGUUUAAAAAUUGUAUCCUAGGAAACAGUUUGCCAUAAGUCAGAGUUUUGCUGUUUAGCUCAUAGAUCUUAAUUGAUUUUCCUCUAAAAUAUGACUUUUAGAAUUGAAAGUCACAAUUUGUUUAAUCAAGAUUGGCAACGCUGCAGUUCCUUUAUGAAAAGGCUUUCCUGUUGUCCCAGACUAGCAAAGAUAGUUUCUUUGUCAACACAGUUGUAUUUCUCUUAUUUUAUUGUCUUGUUUUAAACCCACUCCAUUACUUCAUUUUGACAGAACAGAGGCAAAGUAUUUGUCCUAUAUUUCCCAGAUUACAAUGAAUCUCUAAUAUUAAAAAAUCACUAUUAUAACUAAUUUAUUUUCAUUAAAGAACAGGAGUACUUUUAGCAUUCACUUCUGCUUAUCUUUCCUUAUUCAUUUUUGUUUCCAUUCAGUUUGCUUUUGCCCUAUGUUUUUUGCAAUUUUGUUAUUUCAUUAGCAACCUCCAAAUGUUUGUGUUUUAUCUUCAUGAAUCUAUGAUUGAUCCCCUAGUGAAAUUCUAAGACUUGCCUUUCUCCCCUGCUGUUUUAGUAUUUCUUUGUAAUAUGUUAGCUUCGAUUAAUUAUCCAUUGGUACUUAUUGUAGCUACACAUAUUAAAAGGCAAAAUGUUUCUGAAGGCAAUUUGUCUUUAAUAUGCUUUAUAUAAAUGAGGCUUCAUCCUUUCCAUAUUCUGCCCCUUACAGGAUUUGAAUGCAAAUAAGUCUCACCCCCCUGCACUUGUAGUCAAAUAAGUAAAAGGGGAGAUCAGGUCCAUCACACAAGGUCACAUAUAAUAGCCUCCCUCACUGACUCUUUCCCUCUCCAUAAUUGCAGUAACCUGAGCACUAGCAGUUUAAUUUCCAUCAGACAGAGGAGUAGUUUAGUUAUUUGACAAGGGAAUGUGGUUGAAAGCCUCAUAUGAAGGGUCUUGCAGCUUGUAAAAGCAGUUUCCAAAAAUGAAACCCAUUCAUCAUAAACAAAAGCACAAACACAUGUAGCAGUUAUAAUACUUUUGGUUUAAUCUCAAUUAGUCUUUCUCCCCUGGACUAGAAAUCCAGUAUAGUUUGCCAUUAAUUUAUUGAAUCUGGUUUUGGACAAUGCUUCUGUAGUGUAGCUGCACGUCCUGGUACUGUAUCCUCCAAUCUUUAUUUUCCAUGUGUUACAAAAGGAAAAAAAAAUGAGAUUACGCUUGCAUAAACUCUAAUUUGCACAGUUCACAGCUACUACUUGUGCAGUAAUUGCUUUAUGCGGCUGUAAUCCAUAACAUGUGAAGACAGCACAUCAUCUAAAUCCCAUUCCAAAUAAUAUUUCUGUGUAGUGUUAGCUGUGAAUUUACCCUGUACAGCUGUAUCUCUAUAAAUAUAAUUCCAUGUAUUAAUAGUCACAGAAAGACUGUAAGUGAGCAACUAUUUUUAUGAAACGCACCACUAUGGAUAAAUUAACUUUUACAGAAAUCUUGUUUACUGUAUGAUAUUCUAAAACACUGUCAAAUAAAAUAUAUAUCCAAGAA